AUGCCGCGAAAAUUCCCUAUAACAUCAAGAAACCUAGAUGUGGUCUUCAAUGAUGCCGAACAAGAUCUCCAGAUUGAGCCUGAUCACUUCCUCCCUCUCCCUCCACAAGCACCACCUCAUCUAGCACAGCCCGGAGCACAAGCUCCUGGUACAGCUGGAAACGAUUUAGAGGGUGAGGAUGACGGUGUUGCUGUACCAUUUCAACCCUUAGUUUUUACAAUGGAAACUGAGGUCGUUGAUAAUACACGAGAUGAUGAUCUUCAGAUUGUACUACAGCUUCCUUCUCCUUCUGUUCCGCACUCUUCUCUUCCUCCACGCCCUCUUCCUCCUUCUCAUGACCAUAGCAAUGUUUGA